AAUUAAGAUGAAUCUAUUCGAUCAGAUGACAAAGUUGGGGCAUAUAUAAUUUUAUGGACCUUUCACAUUCAAGUCGGGCCAUCCAACCCAACUCCAAUGUGUUGCUUCCCAAGACGAGAAGGCAAAAUUUGUUCUUUCUGUAACUAGGCUAAAUUCGUGCUUUCAUGGCCCGUCUUUUACACCAAAUGCCAAUCCUCUUCAUGUGAUUUCUGAACUGGGUUAUGUUUAUGCAUGCACCUGAAGCUAAAUAAAUACAUGAUGGAUGCUGCUAAAUGAAAGGCGAGUUAAGCAAAAAUGGGAAUUGUUGAAGAAGCACACAACGUGAAGGUUUUGGGCUCGAGAGAGCAAGUUUUAGUCCUGUCUCAUGGCUUUGGCACUGAUCAAUCUGUGUGGAAGUACCUGGUGCCACACCUGCUUGAAGAUUAUCGUGUUAUUAUAUGCGAUAAUAUGGGUGCUGGUUCCACUAAUCCAGAUUAUUAUGACUUCGAAAGAUGCUUAGCCAUUGACGGGUUUGUUUAUGAUUUGCUUGCCAUAUUAGACGAAUUAGAGGUGAAGUCGUGUAUUUUUGUUGGUCACUCAGUUUUGAGCAUGGUUGGUGCCAUUGCCUCUAUGUCUCGCCCUGAUCUCUUCUCUAAACUCGUCAUGCUCUCUGCUGCUCCAAGGCUAUUGAAUGAUAAAGACCACCAUGGAGGAUUCGAACGAGAAGACCUUGACCAAAUGUUCGAGGGAAUGCGUUCCAAUUACAAAGCUUGGCGCUCAGGGUUCGCACCAAUGGUGGUAGGUGGCGACAUAGACUCUGUGGCAGUGCAAGAAUUCUGCCGAACCCUAUUCAACAUGAGACCUGACAUAGCCUUAAGUUUAGCCCAGGUCAAAUUCCUAUCUGAUAUGAGAGAUGUUUUGCCUUUGGUUAAAGUCCCUUGCCACACACUGCAGAGCACCAUGGACAUGGCGGUGCCAGUGGAGGUGUCUGAAUAUCUGCAUCAAAAUCUUGGAGGUCCAUCUAUUGUCGAGGUUAUGCCUACGGGUGGUCACUUGCCGCAGUUGAGCUCUCCAUAUAUGGUCAUCCCAGUUGUUCUCAGGCACAUUCGCCUCGAUAUAACUGAAUGA